AUGCUCAAGGAAAAGUGUGGUGGCAGUAUUGCUCGUAGCGACAGCAGCGGCGGCAGCGGCAGCAGCAGCAACCUUUUCGGAUCAAUCUUGUCACCUCAAGAAAUUCUCAUUUGUGCCACACGUGGAAAUGUUUAUGCCCUUUCUAAACGUGAUGGUACCCCGCUGUGGAAAGUCGAAUCGCCCACAGGCACAGCCAUGUCAGGCAUCCUUUCAAUUUUUGUGGUCCCUGAAUCCCGUCAAGUGUUGGUGGCGGGUGGUGGCAAAACAGCUUGUCUUGACAUGACACGAGGACACACCGUGUGGAUGAAUAAGAUGGAUGGAUGUGGUCAUGAACCUGUUGGAUUGACUGUGAUGCCCAACAAACACCAUACAACGGCUUCAGAAGGUGUCUCGCGUAGUAACAGCUAUGAUGAUGCAUCAAUGCAAGAUGAACAACCACCAGGAUAUGACGAAGUGACGCAGUCUUCGGUUGUCGUUGCAUGCACCAAUGGGAAAUGCUUGGGUAUCAACCUUCAUAAUGGAUCGACGAUUUGGCGAUUCGAUUGUCCUGGUGGUGGAGAAGAAUUUCCAAAUGCACUUAUGGAUCCACCCACGGGUCGGGUGUAUAUCGGCUGUGGCAAGUACGUAUACUGCCUUCAAGCAAGAACAGGAGUCAUCAUUUGGCAAAGAAAAGUAUCCAAAUCAAUCAUUCCCGGUGGGUAUAUGGUCUUGGCAACAGCAAGUCAUAAUGCACAAGCCAAUUCUUCUUUCAAUCAAUUCCCUGUACCCCACGUGAAUGAAGAAGGUUAG